GUGCAAACGUCCUUUACCCUCACAAUAUUUUAUUUAGAAGUAAAUAAAAACGACUGUAGACUACGUCUAGGAGCGGAUGCAAACGUUCUGAUAUAAUGAUUUGGUUCCUAGACGUUGUUUGCUCCAAGAAGAAGGCGAUCUUAUUUAAAGUUUAAAAUAUGAAACUGCAUAGUCACACAUCAUUAAAGGAAUAUCGCAAACGGGAAAAAUCUACACAUCCUCUCACCCGAGUGCAUACUCGUCAGGCGCUUGCAUCCAGUAAGAAACAUUGGAACAUUACAGUCCACUGUACGAAGGGUCGACGUGAUGGACUGCACUCUUCGCAAGUUGAUGUGUGCAAGGAACACAUUGAUGUGAUGCCUAUUGUAAAGACUGCAGCAUAUGUAGCAAAACAGACCUGUCAGUACAUGUUCCAAGAUAGACGCUGGAACUGUUCCUCUAUAGAAAGUGUCCCCAAAAUGACUAGGGAUCUCAGCCUUGGUACAAGAGAGCAAGCAUUUGUGUAUGCUGUAUCAUCUAGCUCCUUGGCCCACACAGUUUCCCGUGCCUGUGCCUUAGGACACACACUCCGCUGCGGCUGUGGCCUGCUACCCACAGAAGCACCCACAGAGGAAUUUAAAUGGGGAGGCUGCAGUGAUGAUUUAAGAUAUGGCAUUUCAUUUACUAAGACUUUUGCCGAUGCACCAUUUUUAAAAAGAAACAAAAAAUCCUCAAUGAAUAGACAUAAUAACAUGGUGGGAGUACAGGUGAUAGACAGCAGUUUGGGCACAGCAUGCAAAUGUCACGGUGUAUCAGGAUCAUGCGCUCUAAAAACUUGCUGGAAAGCACUUCCUGACAUGGAAAAAAUAGGACACAAAUUAAAACAUAAAUAUGCCUAUGCUGUGGAAGUUGAAAGUAGGCGUGUUGGAAGGACUAAGAGAUUGGUACCAGUUGAUCAUGAUAAAAUAGACAUUGGCAAUGAUGAGUUGAUAUAUUAUACUACAUCACCAGAUUAUUGUGGGCCAGACCCAAAGACUGGCUCUGUCGGCACUGCAGGAAGGCGGUGCAUCAAGGGCGAUGGAGGGUCUGGGGGUUGUGAUAGCAUGUGUUGUGGGAGGGGCUUUAUCACCCUAAAUCUACUGAAGAAGGAGAGGUGUGAGUGUAAAUACUACUGGUGCUGCUACGUGAAAUGUAAAACAUGUAGGAGAUAUGUUGAGAUCCAUAAAUGUAGAUAGGAGUAAAAUAUGGAGUCAGAAUUCAAAAGCAAGAUUUAAGACAAGAUUAUCAAAUAUUCAGACCUAUAACUGUAUAAGAACUUGAAUCGGGAAAAACAUGCAUGUUUAAAAUGUAUGCUUUCAACAGAUCAAGAUGUAAAUAUACAAAUACAUUGUAAGAUAUGAGAUUUACUGUCAGAAUGUAUUCAUACAUUGUAAGAUAUGAGAUCAUACAUUGUAAGAUAUGAGAUCUUCUGUCGGAAUCUACAAAAUACAUUGUAAGAUAUGAGAUCUACUGUCAAAAUGUACACAUACAUUGUACAAUAUGGCAACUACUGUCAGGAUAUACACAAUUGUAUGGUGUGAGAUCUACUAUCAGAAUGUACAGAUAUAAUGUAAGAUAUGAGAUCUACUGUCAGGAUGUACACAUACACUGUGAGAUCUAAAGUAAGAUACUGUAAAUUGAUUAAUUGAAUGUUUCUUUUUCAAAAUUUGGAAUUCAUGAAUAACAUAAAGUGAAAAUUUUCUUGGUGAAAACCUUGUAUAAGUACUUGUGAAAAAUGUGCAUGCUUGUUCAUGAACAGAACAUGUAUGAAAUGUUAAUUUAUAAAAAUACAUUAAAUCAAAACAAGAAAUAUUAAAAAUUAGUCAAGUAUUACAUGAAUAUAAGAGGUGCUUAUAUAGAACCUGAGAGCUUAUGGGGAUGGAAAACAAGCUUUUUCAAAUAAAAUGCAUGAUCUGGAAAGGCAAAAAUUAAAUGCUUGGGAUUUGUUCAUAUGUUAGAUCCAUUCUGCAAUAUUCAUUCAAGGUCCCUUGGAGAUUCCCAGUCAACCAGUUUGCAAUGUUUAUAGAUUAGAUCUCCAAGUUGUAAUGUUCAUAACUUAGGUUUCGCAGGUUGUAAUCUUCAUAAGUUAGGUCUCGCAUGUUGUAAUGUUUAGAAGUUAGGUCUC